AUGCCUCUAGGCAACUGGCUCGGCUCGAAAGCAAGGCUUCAUGGCUCGACCCAGUCGCUGAACGCGCUGGAAGAGCCGCAGCAGCUGGAAGCUGCCAUGCGUGCCGCCGACACUCUCAAGGACGCGGAAAACAGCGCGUCCGAACACCUGCGAAAGGCCCAGCGCCAUGCGCCUCGAUCUUCCAUAUAUCCCGCCGGCUCAGAAUUCGCCAGCUGCGUCGCGCAGGCGCAGCUGAUGGGCGCCAUCGUGGGCGUGCUGAACGAGAGCUUGACGGAGAGUAUCAAGGGGUUCUACAACAUGCGGAAGGCGUUCGUGGCGUUGGACGCCAUCAUCGAGGCCGAGAAAGCGAAUUUGGGGAAGAGCAGCGUAGCGGGGAGUCCACGGGUGUCUUUGGGAUCGCAGUCGGCGAGGUCGGUGGUUGCUGCUAAGGAGGUUGAAGCUGGAGUGGCGGCGCCGCAGAAUGCUGCUAUGGCUCAGGCUGCAUCCACGACGGCAAGCAGCAGUAAAUUGCCGGUAAAAGAGAAAGACUUCGGCGAAGGAAGCACGCCGUUGUCAGAGGCUGACGAAUUCUUCGACGCCGACGAGGAACACGAGGGCGUGCCUACACCUCCGAUCUAUGCUGGACAUCUCGAGAUUGAAGAGAAGCGAGUGGAUCCACCUCCGUCAUACGAAGCCGCAACCUCAUCCUCAGCCGCCGCCGCGGAAAAGAUUCCAGACAUCUCAGAGCUCGCGGACGACGCCCAGUCCUUACGGCUCGCUACCGACCAUCCCUCGACCGACCCUUCCCUGCUCGGAGACGAUGCUACGGACAUUUUCAUCCACUCUGGCACCAACAUGUGCUUCGGCGUCCUCAUGCUCGUCAUCUCCAUGAUCCCACCCGCCUUCGCCAUGCUGCUCAAGAUCGUCGGCUUCAAGGGUGACCGCGACCGCGGGCUCGCCAUGCUCUGGCAAGCAACCAAGUUCGAUAACGUCUACGGCGGCCUCGCCGGGCUGAUCAUCCUGUCAUACUACAACGGCAUGCUCGGUUUCUGCGAUAUCGUCCCCGGUCCCGGCCAGGAAGGCGCGCACCCGCGCGAACGGUGCGCAGGCCUGCUCGUCGAGAUGCGGCAGCGCUACCCGGCGAGCCACCUGUGGCUGCUGGAGGAAGCACGAAUGCUAGCAAGCGCGCGCCGGCUCGAAGACGCGCUGGCACUCAUGGACAGCACCAGCGCGGGCGGCUCGCCGCAGCUCAAGCAGGUCGAGGCGCUGCACUGGUUCGAGCGCUCGCUGGACCUGAUGUACGCGCACCGCCUGCGCGAAUGCGCCGCCGCCUUCCAGAAGUGCGUCUCCCUGAACAACUGGAGCCACGGCCUGUACUACUACAUCGCCGCCUGCGCCCACGUCGAGCUCCACCGCGAGGCCCUGGCCGCCGGCGACGCCGCCGCCGCCGCGCGGGACAAGAAGGAGGCGGAGCGCCUGCUCGCCGUCGUCCCCAAGCACACGGGCAAGAAGCGCUUCAUGGCCCGCCAGCUCCCCUUCGACACCUUCGUCAACCGCAAGCUCGCCAAGUGGGAGGCCCGCCGCGCCGAGACGGGCGCCGCCUCCGUCGUCGACGCCGUCGGCGUCGCCCCCGUCGAGGAGGUCAUUUACUUCUGGAACGGCUACAAGCGCAUGCGGCCCGCCCACCUCGAGCUCUCGCUCGGAGCGCUGGACCGCGGCGCCUCCUCCUCCGCGGCAGGAGGAGGAGGAGCCGACGCCGAGCCCCUGGACGAGCGCUGCAUCCGCUCGCUGCUGCGCGCGACGGCCAUGCGCAACUUGGGACAAGUGUCUGAGGCAAAGGAGCUGCUCCUCACGCAGGUGCUGUGCGUCGACGCGGCGGCGCUGCGCGGCGGGAACCGCGACAACUGGACGCUGCCCGCGGCUUGCUACGAGAUGGGCGCUUGCCUGUGGGAGGAGGUGCGCGCGGAGGAGCGGGAGAAGGGCGAGCAUGGGUUGGGGAGGGACGGGAAGGAGAGGCUGAGGGAGUGUGGGAGUUGGGUCGAGAAGGUGGCGAAGUGGGGGGAGGGGUAUGAUUUGGAUGCGCGGAUUGGAAUGAAGGUCACGACGGCGAAGGAUACGCUGAAGCGUAGGGGUGUCGAUACGGUUUCAUAG